CAGGGGUCAAUAUCAUAAAGGUAAAUACACAAUAGCUUCCCUGUACUGGGAAGUGUUGACCCCAACACCGAAUGCAAACAUCAAACCAACAUUACUACGGUGUGCAAACAGCUAAAUAGAACAAUUAAUGGAAAAAUACAAUUAAAAGCCACAAUAAUACGAAUAAAGGAAAAAUCAAGGUGGGAAAGUUAAAGUGCUUACGCGGAAAACAAAAGCUGUCAAAUGUAUAAAUAGGCAAGCAGCUAAGGGGAAUGGCGUCGACUGAAAUUCUCUGUAAUUAUGCAAAUUGAAUUGAAGAAAUCAGCGGGGUGCUGCUGCCACGUCCUUCCAUCGUUCGAAAACGUGAAUCAUGAGGGAAAUCGAGAAUGAGUGCUCCUGACAAAUUGAAUCCUUUUAUAUGUACCUUAGUUAUUGCACAUUUCGUAUGCGUGAUAAUCGUUCCUAAUUUAUUUUAGACGCUCACCUUCGUGUUGUUCCAUUGCAUUUUAAUGCAUAUUUAAUGAAGCACGCGAGACCCGGGCAAACAAAAAACAUAGGAAUCAAAGUCGCCAGCGGCCAACACGUCGUAUGUGCAAUGUCCGUUGAUGCAAUCGAGCGCCCACAAAAACUCCAGGUCUCUCCAAACACGGCUCUAACAAAAAGCUCCUCAGUCGUUUGCCGGCUCUUACCGUCUUCACAUCGUGUCGUUCUGUCAAACGGAUUUCGCGACUCUUUUUUUAGACCAAGUGAAGUAAACACGAAGGCCCGAAAAGCAGACUAAAUAUAGAAAAAUAGUGUACUGGCGAAAAUUCGGUUGUACAAUGAAAAUGUUUGAAAUUUCAAAAUUGUUCUCAUUGCGAAGACCGCAAGGUAGCAGCAAAAUGGAUCGCUACGAGAAGCUCAGUCGGUUGGGCGAGGGGUCCUAUGGUGUGGUCUACAAGUGCCGGGAUCGGGAGACGGGUGCUUUGGUUGCCGUGAAGAGGUUUGUGGAGUCUGAAGACGAUCCAGCCAUUCGAAAAAUUGCACUGAGAGAAAUUAGGCUACUGAAGAACCUCAAGCAUCCGAACCUAGUCUCCCUGCUGGAAGUGUUCCGACGGAAGCGGCGCCUCCACCUGGUCUUCGAGUUUUGCGAGCUGACCGUGCUCCACGAGCUGGAGCAUCAUCCGCAGGGUUGUCCGGAGCACUUGACCAAACAGAUCUGCUACCAGACGCUGCUGGGAGUGGCCUACUGCCACAAGCAGGGAUGUCUGCACCGGGACAUCAAGCCGGAGAACAUCCUGCUGACGGCCCAGGGUCAGGUGAAGCUGUGCGACUUCGGCUUCGCCAGGAUGCUCAGUCCGGGCGAGAACUACACGGACUACGUGGCCACCAGGUGGUACAGGGCGCCGGAGCUCCUCGUGGGCGAUACCCAGUACGGGACCCCCGUGGACGUGUGGGCCAUCGGUUGCCUGUUCGCCGAACUGGUGCGGGGCGAGGCCCUCUGGCCGGGACGUAGCGAUGUGGACCAGCUCUACCUGAUCCGCAAGACCCUCGGCGAUCUGCUGCCGCGCCACAUCCAGAUCUUCGGUCAGAACGAGUAUUUCAAGGGCAUCACGCUGCCGGUGCCGCCCACGCUGGAGCCCCUGGAGGACAAGAUGCCGGCCAAGUCGCAACAGAACCCCUUGACCAUCGACUUUCUCAAGAAGUGCCUGGACAAGGACCCGGCCAAGCGCUGGUCCUGCGAGAAGCUCACAAAGCACUCCUACUUCGACGACUAUAUCGCCAAGCAGCGGGAGCUAGAGCAUGUCAACAGCCUGGAGGCGGCUAAUCUCCGCCAGCAGCAGCUCGCCUCCCAGCAGUUCAUGCUGGCCACGGCGGCCCAGCAGCUCCAGACGGGUCAGGCCCAGGCGGCGGCCAUCGCGGCUGCCCGAGAUAAAUCAAAGACUUCGAACACAUCAUUACCGCUGCUGCCUAGCACACAGCAUCAUCACCACCCGCAUCAAGACUACGUAAAGCUGCAGCCCCUGAACAAGAACGCAAACCUCCUUCAUCGCACCGAGCAUCAUCUGCCCACAAUUUGAGCAGAAAUUGUAAUUUAAAAAUGUCCUUAUUGCAAACCAUUUUGCGCAAAAACUUGCCCAAAAAUUUAUAUUAUUUACUGCUGGGAAUAAAUGUGUAAAAGUAA